UUGGCGCUAAAUGGGAAAUAAGUUGGUUAGUGGGUUAGUAGUAGUCUUCGUUUUCCUUUUCAAACUUCACGGAUCUGCCUUUUCACACACAAACACAAAAACCAAUCUGUCCCUAUCCUUUUGCCGUUUUCUGCAACUUCUGCUCUCGAAGUAAUGGAGACUUUAUCCAUUCGGCGCGUCGACAGGUAACCAUCAUUCUCUCAAACCCUACUCUUCUCUUAUCUAUUAAUCCUAAAAUGAUUAUACGAUUGAAAUCACAAGAGAUUCUUUCUAGACUGCUUGUAGUGAAUGAUCUUCAUGCAAAGAGAACCCUUUUCAGAUAUGGGUGGUUUUCCUUCUUUAAUCAGUAGGGGUUAAGUCGAUUUCGAGCUUAAUAAUCUUGGUACUGGCUGUAGUGAAAAGUGAAACCUACUCAAACAUCAAUGUCAAGUGUCCAAUACCCACAAGAGCCAAAGCUCAGUUCUGUCGUCUUCUCCCUCUUUUUUGCCGAUUUCUGCAACUUAUAUUUUCAAAAUAAGUGGACUAAUGGAGACUUUACCCAUUCCGCGUCGACGGCUAACAUUCUAUAUAAUGCCACUCACUUAAACCCCACUCUUCUCUGUCUGUUACUUCUUCCAAUAAAUGGGUUCAGGAAAAACUAAUCCUAAAAUGAUUGUACGAUUGAAAUCACAAGAGAUUCCUUCCAGACCACCUUGUUUUGACUGGUUAUCAAAGCUUUUGAUUAAAUUGGUUUGAUUAGAGCAAUUCUUUUAGAUUUUGUUUACUUGACUUUGUGUUGAAACCCUUUUCAGAUUAGGGUUGUUUUCCUUCCUUAAUCAGUAGAGUUUAAGAGGUUAGGUUCUAGCUGCUUAGCUCAUAUCAAUUCUCCAAAGUCAAGAAAGGAAGACAGCCAAGUUCAAAGAAUCGUGUAUUCUAUUCUGAUUUGAUUUUUUUGGCUUUUUGAUGACUAUUACUUUCCAUGGGAUAGGUUGAAGACUCCAAUAAACAAAUGCUCCUAUAAAGCUCCUUUGUGGGUUCUAAUCUUCGGACUCAAGUCUCAACCAUUCCGAGGAAGCAAUGACAUUCCAUUAUGGGAUUCUGAAUCUAUUCUUAGUUUCUUCCCUUCUUGUUACAGCUCAAUGUGCAGAGCUGAGCUCUACCACCGAUAUUGAGGUCUUGAAGGCCUUUAAGAAUUCAAUCACCAAUGACCCAUUUGGAGUGCUGGCAAAUUGGACUAAUGCAAAUCAUUACUGCAACUGGUCUGGCAUUGCUUGUGAUCCAUUCAAGCAUGUCAUUUCUAUCUCUCUCCUUGAGAAGGAACUCCAAGGCGAGAUCUCUCCAUUGCUGGGAAACAUUUCGACCCUCCAGGUAAUUGAUUUAGCUUCGAAUUCUUUCACAGGGUCAAUUCCUUCUCAGCUAGCAAAUUGCUCAGAUCUUACCCAAUUGUUCUUCUUCAACAAUUCUCUGUCCGGCUCAAUCCCAAAGGAAUUGGGAAACCUGAGAAAGCUGCAGGUAUUGGAUUUGGGGAAUAACUUCUUGAAUGGAGAUAUCCCUGAAAGCAUUUGCAAUUGCACUUUGUCUGAACUUUACUUCAACACCAAUAACCUCACUGGUGUAAUCCCAUCUUGCAUUGGUAAUUUGGUUAAACUUCAGGUUUUUGUGGCUUUUACAAACAACCUGAGCGGUUCCAUACCAGGUUCCAUUGGUAUGUUGUCAGCUUUGCGAAUUCUAGAUUUGAGUCAGAACCAGUUGUCUGGGAACAUACCUUCUGGGAUUGGGAACUUUACUGGCUUACAAUAUCUUUUGUUGUUUGAAAAUCUUUUGGGUGGGGAAAUCCCACCUGAAUUAGGGCAUUGCCACAAGCUUGUGGAGCUGGACCUGUAUGGCAAUUCAUUCGAGGGAAGCAUUCCUUCUCAGCUUGGAAAAUUAGUCAACUUGGAAGAACUAAGGUUAUUUAAUAACAGUUUAUCCUCAACAAUCCCUGCCUCCUUAUCCCAAUGCAAAUCAUUAACUCAUCUGGGUCUUUCCAGUAAUAAAUUAACUGGGAAUAUACCUUCUGAGCUUGGGUCUUUGGGUUCACUAAAAGUUCUCACUUUAUUCUCUAAUAACCUGACAGGUGAGAUCCCUUUGGCAUUGAUGAACUUGAAAAAUUUGUCAUAUCUUCACUUGGGCUCAAAUUUCCUUGGAGGGGAGAUCCCUUCAAACAUUGGUUCCCUCUAUAACCUGGAGAAAUUGUUUUUAUAUAAAAACUUCCUAGAGGGUUCAAUCCCAUCAGAUAUUGGCAAUCUGAGCUUUUUGGUCACCUUACAACUUGGUCUAAAUAGAUUGUCAGGUAGCAUUCCUCCUACAAUAUCAAAGCUGACAUUCCUCCAAGGGCUUUCCCUGCAGGGGAAUAACCUAGAAGGUUUAAUUCCCACGCAAAUAUUUGAACUUAAAAAGCUGACUGUGUUCAAUUUGCGUCACAAUAGGUUUACUGGUCCAAUUCCAGAUGCUUUCUCUAACUUCCACUUUCUUUCAACAUUGAACCUUGAUGGGAACAUGCUUAAUGGUUCUAUCCCAAAAAGCAUUGGCCAUCUUGAUGGGCUUACACUCUUAGAUCUGUCCAAUAAUCACCUCACAGGAUCUAUUCCUGGAUCUGUAAUAACGGGACUGAAAAACAUGCCGAUCUAUCUCAAUUUAUCAUACAAUUACCUGGAGGGAUCCAUUCCAGUUGAGCUUGGAGGGUUGGCAAUCAUGCAGGCAAUUGAUAUCUCCAACAACAAUCUUUCUGGAAGUAUUCCCACUGCACUUACAAGCUGUCAAAGUUUGUCUUCACUUGAUCUGUCCAUGAAUGCUCUAUCUGGUCAAAUUCCAGCUGAUAUUUUGUCUAAGUUGGAUUUGCUAUCAUACUUGAACCUUUCCUAUAAUAAUUUAGAUGGUGAGCUGCCAGGACACAUAGGAAAUCUCAAGUAUCUGAACACCCUGGAUCUUUCUUGGAACAAAUUAAAUGGUACAAUCCCUGAGAACUUUGGGAAUCUUUCUGCCCUGAAACAUCUCAAUAUUUCCUUCAAUCAACUUGAAGGCCCUGUUCCAAAAGCUGGCAAAUUUCGACACCUUGAUGCAUCUAGUCUGGAAGGAAACUCUGGCCUCUGUGGAACCAAUUUUCUUGGACCUUGCAGCAAUUCAAGCCACUUAAAUACAGCACACCGGUUCUCCAAGAAGGCUGCAGUAGUUUUCAUUGUUCUUGGAUCCAUUAUUAUAUUUCUACUUCUGUUUGGUGCAAUUUCUUUCCUUGAUCAAUGCAUCAAAAAGAGGAAAGCUGAAGACUCUGAAGCUUUAGAUGCAUCUAAUUCCUUAUCCCCAGCCAUAAAGAGGUUUGAUCAAAGAGAUUUGGAAAUUGCUACUUGCUUCUUUGGCGAAGAUAAUGUGAUCGGUAACAGUACCUUGAGCACUGUGUUCAAGGGCAACCUGGAAGAUGGGCGUACUGUUGCAGUGAAAAUGUUGAAUCUCCAGCACUUCUCUACUGAGUCUGACAAGUGCUUCAAUAGAGAAAUUAGGACCCUGAGCCGUUUGAGGCACAGGAAUCUGGUCAAGGUAAUAGGCUAUGCUUGGGAGAGUGGGAAAUUAAAGGCUUUGGUUCUGGAAUACAUGGAGAAAGGGAGCUUGGAAGACAUUAUACAUGAUCCUAGGGUAGAUCAGUCAAGGUGGACAUUUUCUGAGAGGUUGAAUGUAUGUGUAUCUGUUGCCAAUGGAUUGGUUUAUUUGCACUCCAGUUUUGAUUUCCCUAUUGUUCACUGUGAUCUGAAGCCUUCAAACAUUCUUUUGGAUGGAGACUGGGAAGCCCAUGUGAGUGAUUUUGGGACUGCUCGCAUGCUUGGGGUUCAGCCCAAUGCUGAAAUCAGCCUUGCUACAUCAUCAGCCCUUGAAGGCACCAUUGGGUAUUUGGCACCAGAAUUUGCAUACAUGAGGAAAAUUACCACUAAGGCAGAUGUUUUCAGCUUCGGGAUAGUGAUGAUGGAGUUCUUUACGGGUAAAAGGCCAACAGGAACCAUGGAAGAGAAUGGAUUGCCUAUCACUUUACGUCAAUAUGUGGAGUUGGCCCUCACAGAAGGAAUUGAUAAGCUUCUUCAAGUGGUAGACUCGAAUCUAGCUUCAAGCAUAUCCACCAAACAAGAGAAAGAAAAACUGGUGGAGCUCUUUAUGUUGGCCUUAUCUUGCACUUGCUUGUCGCCUGAGGAUCUACCAGACAUGAAUGAAGUGUUGUUACCCCUUUCAAAGUUACAUCAGUGUAUGAUGGGAUCCAAUGCUUGAUGUUUCUAGUGGAAAAGAUGAGAAUGAACCAACGCUGUCUACUUCAAUGCGAUUCUCAACAUAUGAAAGCCUGUGGCCACAUUGAAUCCAAAUCGAAGUGUCCAGCUGCAAUAACAGGUAACAACAUAUGAUGAUGAAUCAUGAGAAAUGCUUGCCAUCUCUUACCUAAAUAACUUUCCAUUUUUUGUGGAAGUUUUGAAUUUAUUAAGGUAAUGAGAUAUCCAAUUUUUUUGAAUUACUUAAUGGGUGUGAAACCGAUUAUUUGUCAUUUCAUCAUUUGCCCAACAUUUAUGACUUUUGCUGAUCGAUUUCGGUUGUAACAUUAUGAAUUUCUAAUUCUUGCUGGUGCAAGUCUGCCUGUUUCAUAGAGGGCAGAAAAGGGUGUCAAUUGGUUUGGUUUUGGUUCGGUUCAAGAUAAAGAAUGCAGAAACUAAAACUGAACCAAGAAUAGGGACAAAUAUUCAAAAUCCAUACCAAAUCGGUUUGGUUUGGUUUUGGGUUUUAUUUGGUUCUUUAUUCGGUUUAAUUUGGUUUCAUAUUUGGUUUUGGUCUUAUCA